AUGGCCAAAUCUCGCUUUGAGUACGUACGGCAGUUCGAGUCGCACGAUACUUUACUUCCAGAAACGUACAUAGUUGUGAGGAUUGAUGGUAAGAAAUUUCACCAUUUCUCUAAACAUUACGAAUUCGAGAAACCGAACGAUGUCCGAGCAUUGAACUUGAUGAACGCGAGUGCUAAAAAUGUCAUUUCAAAGUACAGGACCGAUAUUAUCUGUGCAUUUGGAGAAAGUGACGAGUUCUCCUUCAUCUUGAAGAAAAACACUGCUUUGUUCAAAAGGCGACAAGAUAAAUUGAGUUCACUUUUCGUUUCGCUCUUCACCGCCAACUACGUGGCAUUGUGGAGCAAGUUUUUCCCAAACACAGAGCUAGACUACAAGCACCUUCCCUUUUUCGACUCACGCUGUGUAUGCUACCCAAAUUUAACGACCAUAAAGGACUAUCUAUGCUGGCGAUUUGUUGAUACCUAUAUCAAUAAUCUGUACAACACUGUGUUUUGGCAACUGAUCAUAAAGUGCGGUUUAACUCCCCAAGAAUCAGAGCAGAAGCUUUCUGGGACCCUUAGCAGCGACAAGCAGGAAAUACUAUUCACAGACUGUGGCAUUAAUUACAACAACGAGCCUGAAAUGUUCAGAAAAGGCUCGCUUAUAAGCAAUAAGGGAGAUAUUUCUCACGUUGACGUUGUGAAACUCAUAGAAACUCUAUUCGCAAAUUAUUAA